UCAGACCUCCCCUCCUUGAUCUCAACAGCGCCAAAACGCUGCGUUUCAUACACAAUGCUUCUCCAAUAGAGCUAGAGCUAGAGCUAUUGCUCUCUCUCCUAAUUAACUCCGAUCAUGGCGAAUUGGAUCUCCUCCAAACUCAAAGCCGCCGAGAGCAUCCUCCAACAGAUCGAUCAGCAAGCGGCGGAGUCGUUGAAGAAAAACGACAAGCCUUUCGCCGACGGCGACUUGAAGUUGGGAGCUCCGGCAAAAACCGGAGGCAGCGUGCCGCUCAAGGACCAGUUGAAGAAGAAAACCCUAGAAAUGAGUGAUUAUACUGGAAAAUUAAGGAGCGAUCCGAGUUUUAGUUAUGUUAAUAGCAGCAAUUAUAGUAGUAUUGUUAAUGGAAGCACUAGUAGUAGUAGUAGUAGUAGUAAGGAUAAAGAGAUUGUUGGAAAGGCGAAUUCGAAGCCUCUUAGUGAUAGUGACUGGACUCAGCUCCUUAGUGCACCUAGUCCGGCAGCUACUUCUACGUCGAGCCGCGGCAAUGGCUUGCCCGGUGUUCGGGGUUUGAGGACGGAUAAUCGGAGGCAGGGAAGUGCAGGUUCUGGUGCGAAUUUGUCGGUGAAGAAUCAGAAGAUUGGUGGUACUAGUAAUGUUGUGAAGUCGGUGCAGAGGGCAGGUUUUGGGGAAGGUAGGAAGCUGAAUGGGAGAGUGAGUGAUAGAGAGGAGUCUGGUUUUUCAGAUUCAGCACGGCGGUCUUCAGCUGGUGGAUUGAAGAGUGACGGUAAGGUUGUGAAAGGAGGUGAGCUGGACUAUAGGGAUGUGGGCGUGGACACUUCAGUUGAAAUUAAUGGUAAGGGAAGUGAAGACAAUGUUGGAGCGUUUGAUACAAAUGAGCGUUCUUUGGAGGGUCCUUUAGAGUUGGUGAAGAAAAAUGAGGAGUUGUCUGACAAGAAGAUUGUUGCAGAUAAUAUGAGCAAUCAGUUGAGAAGUAGUGCUGUCAGGGGUAAGCAUGAGUCCAGUGAAGCGUCUAGGAGUUCUACCUCUGAAGACUUAAAGAGAGGUUUUACUUCAGUAACUGAUGGCAGCUCUGAGUCUGACUUGGACUCAGGUUCAAGUUCUGAUUCUGAAAGUGAGCAUGAGAAGGAGGAAAGGAGAAAACAGAGGCAGAAGAUUCUAGCUGAGAAAGCAGCUGCUAAAGCUGUAGAGGCCAUUAAAGAGCGGGAAAAUACUGUUGCCAGAUUGGAAGGGGAGAAGCAGAGCUUGGAGAAAACACUUGAAGCUCAAGUGAAGGAACAAGCACAAGAGGCUUCAAAGCUACAAAUGACUAUGAUGGAAACCAUGGAAGCAGCUGAUAUAGAGAAGCAGAAACACAAUAGUACAAGAAUGGAAGCCUUUGUGCGUUUGGCUAAACUUGAGACUGCAAAUGCUGACCUUGCGAAAUCCCUAGCCACUGUGCAGUGGAAUCUUGAACAGGAGGUCAAUCAUGUAGCAGAACUUCGGCGGCAAGUUGAAUUAAAAGAAGUUAGCCAUGAAGAACUCAAGAGGAAGAUCGCUGAUAUUCAUUGGAUUGAAACACCGUUAAAGAAAGUAGGAGCCCCAAAAGGACUUGAACUUGAGCGGGAGAUUUUGGAGGCAGAGUAUGCUAUCAUAAAUGAUAAAGUUACAAAGUUGCAAGAUAAGGCAAAGAAGAUGGUAGCAAACAUUGAAAUGGCAAGAAAAGAGAUGGAGGAUCCAACCGAGUUAGAAAUUGAGCUCAAGCGAAGACUUACUCAGAUGACUGACCAUUUGAUUCAGAAACAAGCCCAGGUUGAGGCUCUCUCCUCAGAGAAGGCAACUCUUCAAUUCAGAAUCGAGGCAAUCUCAAGGUUGGUGGAUGAAGGAAAAUCAAUGACCGACGUUUCUGCUACGUCAUCAAAGGACAUAGAAUCAGGAAGGCCACUAUUUGAAGACAGAUUCCGUUCAGGCCGGGAGCACCUAGGUUCAUUGCUUCAGCAAUUGGAGUCCAUUUUCAUGGCCGGAGCAGUGUUUUUAAGGAGGAAUACGACUGCAAGAUUAUGGUCCUUGGUGUACUUUGUUUGCCUCCAUUUCUGGGUUAUUUAUAUUCUUAUGUCCCAUUCUCAAGCAUCAAAUGAGAUCAAAUCUGGGGCAGUCAUAUCCUUGGAAAACAUUAAUAACAACACUUCAGGUGUAUAGUAUUAAGAGGUCUUUCCCCUUCGAUUUAAGAGGUCUCU